AAGCCCUAACCUAUGGAUUUCACAUGGUGGGCAGAGGCGCAACCAUGGGUGCUCAUCCAAUCAGAAGGAAUUUUUCCCCACAAAAGGGCUUUAUUACAGACAGAAAAAGCCCUCAGUUUCCCGCAGGUGAAGAAGCCGGAUGUGGAGGUCCCGGGCUGGCAUGGUUACACGUGGUCUGAUGUGGAGGUCCCGGGCUGGCAUGGUUACACGUGGUCUGAUGUGGAGGUCCCGGGCUGGCAUGGUUACACGUGGUCUGAUGUGGAGGUCCCGGGCUGGCAUGGUUACACGUGGUCUGAUGUGGAGGUCCCGGGCUGGCAUGGUUACACGUGGUCUGAUGUGGAGGUCCUGGGCUGGCAUGGUUACACGUGGUCUGAUGUGGAGGUCCCGGGCUGGCAUGGUUACACGUGGUCUGAUGUGGAGGUCCCGGGCUGGCAUGGUUACACGUGGUCUGAUGUGGAGGUCCUGGGCUGGCAUGGUUACACGUGGUCUGAUGUGGAGGUCCCGGGCUGGCAUGGUUACACGUGGUCUGAUGUGGAGGUCCUGGGCUGGCAUGGUUACACGUGGUCUGAUGUGGAGGUCCCGGGCUGGCAUGGUUACACGUGGUCUGAUGUGGAGGUCCCGGGCUGGCAUGGUUACACGUGGUCUGAUGUGGAGGUCCUGGGCUGGCAUGGUUACACGUGGUCUGAUGUGGAGGUCCCGGGCUGGCAUGGUUACACGUGGUCUGAUGUGGAGGUCCCGGGCUGGCAUGGUUACACGUGGUCUGAUGUGGAGGUCCUGGGCUGGCAUGGUUACACGUGGUCUGAUGUGGAGGUCCCGGGCUGGCAUGGUUACACGUGGUCUGAUGUGGAGGUCCUGGGCUGGCAUGGUUACACGUGGUCUGAUGUGGAGGUCCCGGGCUGGCAUGGUUACACGUGGUCUGAUGUGGAGGUCCCGGGCUGGCAUGGUUACACGUGGUCUGAUGUGGAGGUCCUGGGCUGGCAUGGUUACACGUGGUCUGAUGUGGAGGUCCCGGGCUGGCAUGGUUACACGUGGUCUGAUGUGGAGGUCCCGGGCUGGCAUGGUUACACGUGGUCUGAUGUGGAGGUCCUGGGCUGGCAUGGUUACACGUGGUCUGAUGUGGAGGUCCCGGGCUGGCAUGGUUACACGUGGUCUGAUGUGGAGGUCCUGGGCUGGCAUGGUUACACGUGGUCUGAUGUGGAGGUCCCGGGCUGGCAUGGUUACACGUGGUCUGAUGUGGAGGUCCCGGGCUGGCAUGGUUACACGUGGUCUGAUGUGGAGGUCCCGGGCUGGCAUGGUUACACGUGGUCUGAUGUGGAGGUCCUGGGCUGGCAUGGUUACACGUGGUCUGAUGUGGAGGUCCCGGGCUGGCAUGGUUACACGUGGUCUGAUGUGGAGGUCCUGGGCUGGCAUGGUUACACGUGGUCUGUGGUUGUGAGGUCUGUUGGAAGUACUUCCACAUUCUCUAAAACAACAUUGGGAAGCAGCUUGUGGUAGAGAAAUUAACAUUCACUCUGGAAAUAGCUCAUUCCUGAAGUCAGCAUGCCAAUUGCACGCUCCCUCAAAAUUGAGACAUUUGUGGCAUUGUGUUGUGUGACAAAACUGCACAUUUUAGUGUGGCCAUUUAUUGUCCCCAGCACAAGGUGCACCUGUGUAAUGAUCAUGCUGUUAAAUAAGCUUCUUGAUGUACCCGUCAGGUGGAUGGAUUAUCUUGGCAAAAGAGAAAUGCUCACUAACAGAUGUAAAAAUUUGCGCACACAAUUUGAGGGAAAUAAUAUUUUUGUGCGUAUGGAAAAUGUCUGGGAUCUUGUACUUCAGCUCAAGAAACCAACACUUUACAUGUUGAGUUGAUAUUUUGUGUUCAGUAUAUUUAUAUAUAGAUUGAACAUAAAUCUGCCAUUCAGCACACGCCUUUAUGCAAAGUGGCUUUACAGUCAGAAAUGUUCUAACUUACUCAUUUAGAAGCAGCUCAUCUUCUCGGUGUUUUAAUUAAAGCCGCUCUAAUGUAAAACAAUAUCUUAAGUAACACCAAGGUAUUGAGGCAGCUUUUUCUUUUGACUCCUCAUUUAAGAGUAGUUUUUUUGUUGGAACCAUGCCAUUUUUACUGUAGAAUACCUUAGACAUGAUUGUAACUAAUUUGAGUCAAACAUGAAACUAAACCCAGUCUUACCAUGUAAUGUAUGGUUAGUAUAGUAUAUCAUGUAUUAACAAUAUGUUUUGUAUGCCAACUACUGUGGUAAGUAUG